UUGACAGUCGCGGUCGGAACCGCGCUUGACGUGGUAGUUGAGGCAGGGCGUGAAGUUGACGUGGAUGUGACGGAGUGUAGAGGUGUAGGGCUGUGUCUAGACGGGACGCCAGUCGCGGUCGGGGUCGCGCUUAACGUGGUAGUUGAAGCAGGGCGUGAAGUAGACGUGGAUGUGACGGAGUGUAGAGGUGUAGGUCUGUGUCUAGAUUGGGCGCCAGUCGCGGUCGGGGUCGCGCUUAACGUGGUAGUUGAAGCAGGGCGUGAAGUAGACGUGGAUGUGACGGAGUGUAGAGGUGUAGGUCUGGGUCUAGAUUGGGCGCCAGUCGCGGUCGGGGUCGCGCUUAACGUGGUAGUUGAAGCAGGGCGUGAAGUAGACGUGGAUGUGACGGAGUGUAGAGGUGUAGGUCCGUGUCUAGAUUGGGCGCCAGUCGCGGUCGGGGUCGCGCUUAGCGUGGUAGUUGAAGCAGGGCGUGAAGUUGACGUGGAUGUGACGGAGUGUAGAGGUGUAGGUCUGGGUCUAGAUUGGGCGCCAGUCGCGGUCGGGGUCGCGCUUAGCGUGGUAGUUGAGGCAGGGCGUGAAGUUGACGUGGAUAGUGACGGAGUGUAG